AUGCUAUUCCAGUUUUGCGUCGUUAUAUGCCUUAUUCAUAAUGCAAAAGGUACUGAUGAUGAAAAGAUAGGUGAAUGCAAUAAACAGGUUGGAAUGGUUCAACGACCAACAGUCAAUCCAAAUUUAUGUGCACACCUCGAUGUAGAUGCUUGUGCUGCAAUAUUUGAAUAUAUGGGAGUUGCGGCAGGAAUCAUGAUUGGUGGUGCUGAGCAAUUUAGAAGUGUGGAUUAUUAUGUGCCUAAAAAAUGCACAGACGGUGCUUUGAAGAAUUUUGCACAAAAAUCGUGCCCUUAUCGUUGUGCAUUCUGCUGUAAGGCAAAACAAUUUAAUUCUUUUACAUGGGAUAUGUGCAAAAAUCCAUUGCUUAAAACUAUAGCAUUAAUGAGAUGUCCACAGAAAUGCGGACUUUCAGCUGGCAUGUGUAUAAAUGCACUAGGUGAUGAGGUGUGCAACGCGUUGAGAAAUUCUUGUCAAAAAACUUGUGGAAUAAAAACAUGCUUAGGAACUCAAAAUGCGACAUCAGCACAACCGCCUUGUCGCGACGAGCAAAGAUGUUCAGAUUAUAGACAAAUAUGUAGAGUGGAACCUUAUGCCAGCAUAAUGAGAACUAAAUGCCGUUUAACGUGCGGCUAUUGUUAG